UGUAACUGUCCUGCAGUAAUGGCGCAUGCGCAUAUACGCUUCCGAGUGGAUACAGCGUGUGUAGCAACUCGACGGAAAUGGUGAAAACUUGUUGUGUUUACAAGUGCCGUAAUGUCUUUAAUGCUGACGCGAGAUCGAGGGGGGUAAGUUUCUUUCGCUUUCCGAAAGACAAGAGGAAACGAAGGGUGUGGGUCAAAGCCGUCAAUAGAGAUAAGUGGGAACCAGGCGACCACUCAUGGAUCUGUUCCGAUCACUUUCUACACGGGUGGCACGGAGAAGACCCCAGUGAUGACAACUACGGCCCUACGUUGUUUCAAUACAAAGUGACUAGAUCCGAAGAGGAUUUAAUAAGAGAAAAGAGACGAUUAGAUCGUGAAUCUAUAAAGGAAAAACAUGAUGAAGAGGUGCUAUUGAAGGAGAGGGAGACAGCAAGUCUUCAAUUCUCACUGCUCGCCCAUGGCUCAUACUGCAGAGCAGAAGAGGCUUCAGAUGACAACGAUGAAGAUCUAUGUGCCAUCACAACAGAUACAACAGAUGAUGUUAACAUUCAUCUCACAUGUGAUUCAGGCAUGCAGUGUGAAGAUGACCCCCUCCUCCUCGAAAACAGGGAGCUGAGACAGGAGAUAAGUCGACUAAGGGAGGAACUUGGCAGGCACAAAUGGGGUGUGGAACGCAUCAAAGACAAUGAUGGAAUGACAAAGUUCUACACAGGAUUACCGUCAUUUGCCAUCUUUUUGUGGCUGUUCAAUUACCUUGCACCUAAAUGCUCAAGAAUGACCUACUGGAGAGGACAAGGCCAAACUACUGCCAGUGAUAGGGUGAGGAUGUCUUCCUCAUAUCUUAGCCCCAUUGACCAAUUCUUUGCAGUUCUAAUGAGAUUGAAAGUAGGACUUUUCAUCCAGGAUAUUGCAGAAAGAUUUCAAAUAAGUUCUGCCUCAUUUUCUAUGAUCUUCACCACUUGGAUUAGUUUACUACAUGCUGAACUGAAGUUUCUAAAUCCCUUCCCAAGCAAAGACAUCAUAAACAGGACUAUGCCCCAGUCAUUUAAAGUAAAGUACCCAUCAACUAGAGUUAUCAUUGAUUGCACAGAACUGUUUAUUCAAACUUCAAGUAGCAUUCUAAACCAAAGUUUGACUUUUUCUAAUUACAAACACCACACAACUGUCAAAUAUUUGGUUGGAAUUAGCCCGUCUGGUGUCAUCACAUUUGUUUCUGAAGGAUGGCCUGGGAAAACAUCAGAUCGUCACCUGACAGAGAACUGUGGGCUGAUUAGUUUGCUUGAGCCAGGUGAUAGUGUAAUGGCUGACAAGGGAUUUACCAUUGCUGAUUUGUUAGAAAAACAGCAGUGUUUUCUAAACAUCCCACCAUUCAGAGGUAAUGCGAAUCAGUUUUCUACUGAUGAUGUCUAUAGGACCCAAGAAAUAGCACAGCUUCGCAUACAUGUAGAGAGGAGCAUUGGAAGAGUUAAGAAUUUCCACGUUUUGGAAGGAGUGGUCCCCCUUAGCAUUGUGCCUCUCAUCAAUAAAAUUUUUCAAGUUUGUUGUUGGUUGACAAAUUUGGAUUUGCCACUAGUUGAUGGAAAAAAAGCCAACUUCAGAAGAUUCUUGAGUGGAGUGGAUGGACAGAAGAUUCUACCUCCAUUUCAUUCUCAACAGCAGUUGGUGCUCCUAAGUCAGGAACAUUCCAUAGAUGUGCCAUGCCUAUUUAUUUAAAUCAGUUUUUCAUGAUAAUGGUUCAUUUUGCAUUUUUCACCAAGGUCAAAAUUUAAUCACUUUUUUAACUUGUUAAGAUCACUUCAAAGUUUUAUGUCUCAUGUUAUAUAUGUUUAUACCAAUAUGGCUAUAUGUGUACAUAUAUUUAUUAUAUUAUGAAUUUAAUGAAUUUGAUCAGUAAUAUAAUUGCAAUUCAUAUUGAUUUUGAUAAACAUAAACUUGCAAUAUUUAAAUAAAAAGGCGAAGAGCAUUAUAAGUAUGCUCAUUUAAAUA